AUGGAGGAAAGGCAAGAACAGAAUCUCGAGGAUAUUUCAGAUGCAUCAAAGAUAGAUGAUACUGUCAAAGAGAAACAACAACAGAAUCUCAAAAAUAAUUCAAAUGCGCCAACUGAAAGUGAUAAUAUCAAAGAUCAAAGAUCAACGAAAUUUAACAAGGAUGGAAAUGAAGAUAUCGAUAAAAUUGAUUAUUCAUUUGAUUGGGAAAAUGAUGAAUUAACAAAUGAAGAUUUAAGAAUGGAACUUGCAUUUAAAUUAUAUAAUGUUCCAAGUGUUUGGAAAGUACCAGCAAAUAUUUUAAUCAAUUACUUAAUUAAAAAAGAUGAUAACAGUGAUAAAAAUUUGAAAGCAAUGGAUGAAAUUCGAUUUGCUUGCAAAAAUUUGAUUGAUUCAAUGGAAAAUUACAGUGAAUAUUAUCAAUUAGUGGCACUUACAAUGCAAAGAAUGUCACCACUUCUGCUGGAAAUGCAAUACUCAAAUAUGAAAUCAAAUAAUGAAUCGUACAAUUUCAUCGAACGAAUUAAUAAUUUGGCAUUGGUUCAAGCAAGCGCUGAUUUUGCGACAGAUUUGAUCAAUUCAAGGAAGCUUUAUUAUAUGAAUGUUUCAACAAAUUUUAGAAAACUAAUAAUUAAUCUGAAACAAACUUAUCAACGAGUAAAUAAUUCAAACACUGAUAAAAUCACUGAUAAUAAUGAAACAAAUUCUAAAAUGAUGAAAGUGAUUCACUCUAACUUACAACAUUUAACUUAUCGGAUUGCUGCGAUCACUUAUACCACUAAAGUAAAUAAAUUACCAUUUGGCACUAACACUAAAAAAAGUAUAACUUCCAGAAGAAAAGAAAUAAUUUUUGAAACAAUUGAAGCUAAUGACGAUGAAAAUGCAUCGACAUCUGGACUAAAGGAUAUAUCUUAUAAAAGAAAUGAAUUUAAUAUCGAAUUAAAAUUGCAAAUCGAUAUGCACAAAAGAAAUGCAAUAAAAAAUAUAAUUAAUGCAAUGAUUACAAUCAGUAAUUCAGUACAGCAAUUCAAUAGCAAAGCACAUUCAGAUGCACGACAAAUGCUAAAGAGUAUUCAUCGAGCAGAGACAAUUGCGCUCGAAAUGAAAUAUAGUAAGAAACUAAGUGACGAGCAGUCACAGUGUGUCACAAGUAAUUUCAAUGCUUGCAUUCGUUUUGGGCAUCGAAUUGUGAGCAAUAUUUCUGCGUUAAUUGAAAAUAUAGAAAAAAUCAUUGCAUAUCUGAAAUUAAAUGAAAUUAAAUUAUUAUUAUUAGAUAGAAAUAGUGAAUUACAAUUAAGUUUAAUUAAUUUUGAAAGUAAACUUUGUAAUAAUUUGGCCGAAUUUGACAUUAUCAUUGAUGCUAGUGAAGCAGCAAGUGAUUUAUUUGAAAAUACUGAACUUGAAUCACUUUUUUAUUCGCCCACUCCAGAAGUAAUCAGAUGUGAAAAGAUAUUUUAUAAUCAUUUAUCAGAAUUUGUUUCAUUAUCACGAAACUUUAGCGAUGCAUGGAAUGCUAAUAAUACAUUUGCUGAUAUGUUACAAUAUUUACUUAUUUUUAUAAUGAAUGAUGAUGAUGAUGAUAAUGAUUAUAAUGGUGAUAAUAAUAAUGAUAAAAAUGAUAAUGCUAGUGAUAACUUUUGUACUAUUAUACCGAAAGAAACUAAUCUUGAAUGUGCACCCACUGAUAAUAAUGAUACUCCAAUAAGUGACACUAAUUUAUCAUUCAAUUAUCAGUCAAAUGUAACUGAAGAAUUAAAAGAUGAAAUUCCAGAAGAAAUUAUUUCAAAAAAAACAACGAAAACAAAAUCGAAGAAAAAAAUAAAUAAAUCUAAAAAGAAGAGACGAAGAUAA